UCGGCCCCGGCAAGAUGGCGGCCCCCUUGGAGCUCAGUUGCUGGGGAGGUGGCUGGGGGCUCCCAUCGGUGCACAGCGAGUCCCUGGUGGUGAUGGCUUACGCCAAAUUUUCUGGUGCACCCUUGAAAGUCAAUGUCAUAGAUAACACCUGGAGAGGUUCAAGAGGAGAUGUACCAAUUUUGACAACUGAAGACAACAUUGUUUCUCAGCCUGCGAAAAUACUAAACUUUUUAAGAAAACAGAAAUAUAAUGCUGAUUAUGAACUCUCAGCAAAACAGGGGGCAGAUACACUGGCUUACAUUGCUCUCCUUGAAGAGAAGCUUCUUCCUGCAGUGCUUCACACAUUCUGGGUUGAGAGUGACAAUUACUUUGCUGUGACAAAGCCAUGGUUUGCUUCACGAAUUCCUUUUCCCUUGAGUUUGAUCCUGCCUGGAAGGAUGUCUAAGGGAGCACUGAAUAGAAUUCUCCUGACUAAAGGAGAGCCUCCCCUUUACCACCUCCGAGAAGUGGAAGCUCAGAUAUACAGAGAUGCCAAGGAGUGCCUAAAUCUUCUGUCAAACAGAUUGGGAACAUCUCAGUUUUUCUUUGGAGAUACGCCAUCUACUUUGGAUGCCUACGUGUUUGGUUUUCUUGCACCUCUUUAUAAAAUACGCUUUCCUAAAGUUCAAUUACAAGAACAUUUGAAACAGCUCUCCAACCUGUGCCGCUUUUGUGAUGACAUCCUAAAUAGUUAUUUUAAGCUUAGUCUUGGAGGCACCUCUCCUGCUGGUCAAGAAACAGUAGACGCAAAUCUGCAGAAACUCACACAACUUGUAAAUAAGGAAUCCAACUUGAUUGAAAAGAUGGAUGACAAUCUUCGCCAAAGCCCUCAACUUCCUCCUCGGAAACUGCCAACACUCAAAUUGACUCCAGCAGAAGAUGAAAAUAAUUCCUUACAACGACUAUCACCCUGACAGUCAUCAUGCUUUGUGUCCACAGUCAUGAUUAUUGCAGUAAUCUCUUACACUAAGUGUGAAGGCAAAAAGAAAAUGCCAUUAGUAGGUAUAAGGGAGACUCUAAAAAGAAACUUUCUAUGACAUCUAUUUUUUCUUAAUUAGGAAGCUUGUAUUUUGACCUGGCAGUGCACUUUAGAUAACAUCAAAGUGAAUGCUAAAUGAACUUGGGGAACAAAGAAAACAUAUUGUACUGUAUAUUAAAAAAAACCAAAAACCUGCCUUAAUCUUGGCAGAUUUUUGCCUUUAUUUCAUAUGUUGCUGACCAAAAGCUAGAAUUCUGUUCUGAAUGUGCACUCUUAUUUAUUCAAGUUAUUUUAUUAAUUUCGUUUUCUUAGAACAGUUUGAAUAUCUAAUAUGUGGCUCUUUGAGGCUUUUUUCUUCUGUUUAGAAAUUUGAUGACUUUAGACAUUAGGAAAAAUGUAAUAUUCUAAUAUUCUAUUCACUUCAAUAGAAAAGUCUAUUUAAAAAACAAAGAGGAAUGUGCUUUUUAAUUAUGCUCUUGGGAGGAUUAGUACCAUAUAUAUGUAUAUAUAUAAAUAUCAAAGGUGGUUACAUAUAAUAUUCAUCUGACUAUAUGCACUUCUGGUAUUUGCUGAUGUGUUCAAUAUAAGGUUGGCAAGGACGCUUUUAGUUUAUUGGGCAAAUGUGGCAGCUUUAGACCUGUGUAUUUGUAGUACAUUUUUAACUUUAGUAAUCUCUUUCUUGGAUUGAUUUCAGGAGAACUGAGUAUGUUGGUCAUCGUUAUUACGCCAGGCUGUAAAGUCUUACUGGAAUUUGCCCAGUUGUUAGACCUUCCUCAGCCAGAGUAAUAGAAGUACCUACUGUGUGCCUGGUCCAAGUUCACCAGGCUUGGUUCAGACCAGUGUUCUUUCAGAAGAAUCCUAUCAUGUAGUCAAAAGCGUUAUGGCAACUUAUUAUUUUCCAUAUAGUUAAACUACAACAGUUGAAUGAUCCAGUGGAAUAUGCGGAGAUAACAAUAGUUUUUAAAGAACAUUUUCUACUUAUUGGUUACUGAACUGUUGAAGGAUUUGUUGUGCAGGUGGUUUUGCUUAGAAUAGAAUCUUGCAUACUUUAGUGGCUGAGGUGCUCCUGUUGUCCUAAAACCACUUCUGGGUUUUUUUAAUUAUGGGCUCAUGUUUUUGAUUAGUGUCUUAAAAGAUUACUAUGGUGCUCAGCAAAUCUUAUCACAUCCUGCAGAAACUCCCGUGUUAAGAAAACAGUUUUGUAGUCAAGAGACUCCCCUAAUUUGAGCUGAAUGGAGCUCAGCUGUAUUUGACCCGCAUCCUCCCAGUUUGUUCAUGUAUUAGGUAUUAUACAGGAGUCUUUAAGUCACUGUAAAUAUUUUUUCUUGAAAGUUUUAAUUAAAUGAGAAACAAGGUAAUCUUCAAAAUCUUGUUCAUCUGUUUGGAUGCAUUUAGGGAAAGUAAUGAGUUUCACAUUACUUAUACAACAGGUUUGUGUGUUUUAUAUUAAUUUUCCAUUAGACUCCAGCAUCCAAAACCUGUAUGAAUAUUCUAUGUUGAAAAUCAUUACCAUAGGACUUUAUUGUCCCCUGGGGUCCAUGUAUAUUGGAGAAGGGUGGUUAACACAUUAAUCAGACAUCUGGUUAUGCUGUAGUUAGAGUUGAUCAUUUUCAAUCAUGAUUUAUAUUAAACCUUCUAAGAAGCAUUUGAAGUGGCUUAAAAUUGUCAAAUACAUAAAACAGGACAAUUAAAAUUAGUUUUUGGAAAACUAAAAAAUGGGGGAGAGAGAGCUAUACCAACCCUAACAGAUUCUAAAAUCAAGUGGUAAAUUUAACUCCCAAAUUUCUCCAUGGUCACAGUCCAAAGUAAUACUGGGUUAUGUAACCGUUUUCUGUCAGUAAAACUACUAAUGCCCAUGGUAAGAAAUGUGUUCAAAUUUUUAUAAGAAUGUGAGAUCAUGUUCUUUUGACACAGAAUUCAGCCAGUAAUCCUACUGUAAUAUUUCAUGUGUUGAAAGUUUAAUGAAAAGACAUCAUUUUAGAAUGACAAGGAUUUGUCAUAUUUUAGUAGAAAAGACAACUGUAAAUAUGAUUUAUUUCUUUUUGGUCAUUCCUGCUUUGACUUGCCUUUAGCCUUGCAGUAGGUAGGGUCUGAUGUUUCCAGACUACCUUUCCUAAGAUGCAAAAUGUGAUUUACAUAAGUGAGAAUUUAUAUAUGGGGCUACUUAGUUGAGCAUUUUGGGGACUGGCCAACAAGAUGCUCGGAAGCUAUAACUGAGUAUAACCUGCUCCAGGGAGCAGCCACACAUAUAGGAAGCUCUUAGAAAGGAACAGCUUUCCAGAUUGGGAAGAGAAUUUGCGAUCAGCCUGGCAGGAUGUGCUUUGGAUAAAGUUUGAGUUUGCUGAGAUGGAUGGCCCACAGUCUUAAACAAAAUACUGUGAGCUAUUUUCUUUUGGAUGUGAUGGUGGAAUAUGAUAAAAGGGACUAUGUGUUUAUGUUUGGUGCUAGUAUAGGAUUAGAAAAUUGAUCAGAUAAUUCCCAUAAGAUAACGAUCCCUCAUCAACACAUUGUCAUCAGUCAUCCAUAAGACCCACCACUUCUUAUAACAGUAAAUACCCUGUAGAGAGCAUUGAGGAUGGUCAUUCCUUCACAAUGGUUUUUUCCCUUACAAAGGUUGGCAUUGACAAAUUCCAGCUUAGGUAUGUUUGCAUUAUUUUGGGGAUACUAGAGAGUUCAAGAUUCUUACAAUAAAUCCAAGCAUGUUGAUUUCUAUUUGUAACUUCUAUUCAUUUAAUGUUGCCAGAUAUAUUAACAUGAAGGAAUAAGGGAGCUUAUUUCUUUUUAAAAAAAAUUU